AUGGAAUUUAUGGAUAACUGGAUAGUGAGACAUUUCUUUUUGUUUAUAGCACUCCUUAUAGUAUUAAAAUGCCAAGAAGCUUCAAGUUAUGGUCCAUCACAUCAGCCUGAAGCGUAUUUUAAUGGAUCUUCCUAUUUAAGACUGCAAACAAUAAUUUCGUUGAAACGACAGACUGGUUUAAGCUUUAGGACUUGCUAUGGGGGAUAUUUGUUUUCCCAACAGCUAAACGACGAUCUGAUAGAACUGUCAGUAAACUCGGACGAGAUAGAAUUCAUAGCCAAAACUGGCGGCAAAAGAUACGACCACAAAAUCAACGGACACUUCUUGGACAACAGAUGGCAUACAGUGUUUCUUCAGUACCUAUCCGGUAACUUGACCAUCGAAGUGGAUGGCCACUCGCAACUCAUAGCCAAUUCUAGCUACAGAAACGAUCUGUUGGUCAGUCCUGGUUUAUACAACGAAGGAGCGGCUGUACUGCUUAUCGGGAAACAGUUCAACGGUUGCCUUUUAGAGGGCCCCACCGUUAUUUUUGACUCUGCGCUCAUCAAAUCCAACCAUAAUGUUAUGUUUAAACCUUGUCCUAUACCGUAUGACAGUUGCAUACCAAAAGGGUUCGAUUGGUGCGAAACCGAACCCUGCAUGCGACAUGGUACCUGUCUGAGUAGAUCAGACACGUACACUUGCGUGUGCAAUCCUAGAUAUUCCGGAAAAAAUUGCGAGAUCGAUUUGGGCAAUCCUUGCGAAAAACUACCGCCGAUUUGCAAAAAUAACGCUAUAAAUUGUACGACAGAUCCGUCUGGAGAUUACGUGUGUACUUGCAGUCCGGGAUUUACAGGGAAGAGGUGCGAAACCAAGCUGAAAUCGCAUCCGCUGUGCAAGAAUAAGACUUGUCUCAAUGGAGGUAUUUGCGACGUCAAUCCCGACACCGAGGAAACGUUAUGCAGAUGCAAACCCGGUUUUUCCGGGGAAAAUUGCGAAAACAACCUCGACGAAUGCGAAUCUAGUCCGUGUUUUAAUGGCGGAAUCUGCAUCGACGGAUACAACAACUUCACGUGCGAAUGCAGUUACACAGGCUACGAAGGAAGAUUGUGCGAUAAAGAUGUGAACGAAUGUGAAGUCGGUCCUUGCUACAAUGGCACCUGUUUCAAUACGUACGGAUCGUAUUUGUGCCAAUGCACGCCGGGGUUUGGAGGCAAAAACUGCGCUAGUCCGAUCGACGAAUGUCUGUCCAAACCGUGUUUCAACAACGGCGUGUGCAUCAGUUUGGCCGGCAAAUACGAAUGUCGAUGCAUCAACGGCUACGUGGGCGAUAAUUGUGAGAUAGAGCCCAAGGGUCAAACGCAUCCGUGCGAACAAAACUCUUGUCCCGUAUACGCAGAAUGUAGAGAAGUCGGCGGUAGUCCCGUUUGCGUUUGCAAACCGGAAAACCCCGGGGAAUACCCGGAUUGCACUACCUCCGUGUGUUCGAGGAAUCCGUGCUUGAACGGCGGGAUUUGUACGCCGUAUAAAGGAAAUUUUAACUGUAGUUGUCCCAGUGGUUUCACGGGUAAAAUUUGUCAAACCAACAACGACGAAUGCGCUUCGAGUCCUUGUCAAAAUGGUGGAACGUGUUACGAUAAGAUCAACGGAUUUCUAUGCAACUGCACCGACAACUGGAUGGGCGUCACGUGCGAAAAGCCAUACGACAUUUGCGAGCUGAAUCCGUGCAAAAACAACGCCACGUGCAUUUCGUCCCCCAAUAAGCGAGAGUUUAAUUGCCGAUGUCCGCUCGGAUUUGACGGAGAAACUUGCGAAAACAAUAUAGACGAUUGUAUUGGAAAUAAGUGUCCUCCAAAUCAAAUAUGUAUCGAUCUAGUACACGAUUACGAAUGCAGAUGUCCGCCCGGUCUCGGUGGAGAAGAUUGCAGUCAAGAUAUAGACCCAUGCGCUAAAAAACCUUGUUUUAACGGCACGUGCGUCGUUGAUAAGAGCACCCAUCAAUUUAGCUGUAACUGUAAUCCCGGAUACACGGGAACGUUAUGCAAAGACGAUAUAGACGAAUGCAAGGCUUCCGAUAACAAGAUUUGCAAUCACGGCAUUUGCGUCAAUUUCGAAGGUAGUUUCCAAUGUUAUUGCAAGCCCGGUUAUACCGGAGAAAGAUGUAACUUGGACUUCGACGAAUGUCUGUCUAUGCCUUGUAAAAACAACGCCACAUGUAUUAAUCUGGUCAAUAAUUAUGAAUGCCACUGUCCGCCUGGUUACACUGGAAAAGACUGUUCAGUAAACAUAGACGAAUGCGAACCCCAGCCCUGCAUGCACGGCGCGACGUGCAUAGACGGCAUAAACGAAUUCACUUGCGUCUGUCCCCAAGGCUUAUCGGGCAAAAGAUGCGAAGUGAACAUUGACGAUUGCGAAUCAUCGCCGUGUCUGCAUGGCGCUAAAUGCAUCGAUGGAUUGAAUAGUUACGCCUGUAACUGUUCAGACACGGGUUACGAAGGUGAACAUUGCGAAAUUAAUAUCGACGAUUGUCAGGGGGAUCCUUGUUUGAACGGCGCCCCUUGCCUCGACGAGGUUAAAGAUUAUUUGUGCAAGUGUUACAAUGGAUAUAAAGGUAAAAACUGCGAAGUAGACAUCAACGAAUGCGAAAGCAAUCCUUGCCAGUACAACGGAACGUGCAUCGAACGAUCGAACAUCACCCUAUACAGUCCCACCAACAAUUUCAAUCUACCGGAAAUAUUUUCGAAACCGUUCAACUACUCGGAGGCGGCCGGUUACGAAUGUUUGUGCGUUCUGGGAGUCACCGGACGAAAUUGCGAAACCAACAUCAACGAGUGCGAAAGUAAUCCUUGUCUGUACGGCGCAUGCGUCGAUAAAAUCGGAGGUUAUAUUUGCGAAUGCGAAGACGGAUAUGAAGGCAUCCAUUGCGAACAAGACAUCAACGAAUGCGAGAAGUACAAGCCUUGCGUGAAUGGCACCUGUAUCGAUAGGAUAGCUAACUAUUUCUGUCAGUGUAAUAGCGGAUAUGGAGGAAAAAACUGUUCAGUUGAACUUACAGGUUGCAUCGAUAAUCCAUGUCUAAACGACGGUCAAUGUCGUCCGUAUUUAGUCAACGAAACCGAACACAAAUUCAACUGCACUUGUCCCAACGGCUUCCACGGUCAGACCUGCGAACAAAUUACUACGAUGUCGUUCAGUGGAAUAUCCCAAGUGACAGUCAACACCACCAGAGACGAAGGUUACGAUAUACAAUUCCGAUUCAAAACCACUUUGGGCGACGGAUUGUUGGCUUUGGGAAAAGGACUGACGUAUUACAUACUGGAACUGUCGAAAGGGAGAUUGAAUCUCCAUUCCAGCCUGUUAAAUAAAUGGGAAGGAGUGUUUAUAGGUUCAAGUUUGAACGACAGUACUUGGCAGAAAGUUUUCGUCGCUAUAAACUCUUCUCAUUUGGUACUGUCGGCUAACGAAGAACAAACUAUCUAUCCUAUAAGCUACAAUGAGAACAAUAACGUUUCUAGCACUAGUUUUCCUGUUACUUACAUCGGGGGUAUACCGAAUAACUUGAGGAAAUUGACGCACGGGCAGCCAUUUUUGGUUGGAUGUACUGAAGACGUGCUGAUCAACGGACAGUGGGUGUUACCGCAAAUUAGAAAUGCUUCUUGGUUGAGUUUUUUGCACGUCGAAGAGAAAUGCAUCAGAGAGCCGCAAUGCAAACCGAAUCCGUGUCAUUCUGGAGGGCAUUGUACAGAUAGGUGGAGAGACUUCAGUUGUACUUGUGAACGCCCGUAUCUAGGCCACACAUGUCAAUAUAACUAUACCGCGGCUACUUUUGGCUACGAAAACAUAACAGAUUCUUUAGUGACGGUCGACGUAGCCGAUUACGCCAGAAGAGCCGUCAGAUCCAUAGUGGACAUCAGCAUGUUCGUAAGAACCAGACAAUCGAAGGGACAAAUUUUCUAUUUGGGUUCGGGCGCACUAAAUAAUCCAAACGAUGAGACUUAUGUCGCUGCUCAACUCGAAAGCGGCGAAUUAUUAGUUAGAAUCCAAUUCGAAGGAAACCUAGAAAGUUACACUGUCGGCGGAGUCAAACUUGAUAACGGAUUCAACCAUCUAAUUAAAGUAAUCCGUAACGUAACUCUUGUCCAAGUCAAAUUGAAUAAUACAGAGUACUUCCGCAAAACCAUAUCGGCUUCUGGGGCUUUAGAUGUUAGAGUUCUCUAUUUGGGAGGUCAACCUAACUCCAGGUCGAUACGUCAAACUAACGAAAAUGCACCUGUUCCCAAGGUGGAAACGUCGCCGACUGCCCCUGCUGCCAUUAUAUCUGCCCACAGUAAUGUCCACUUCAAAGGAAUCAUACAAGAUGUCCAGAUAAGCAACGGUUCUUCGGUGAUGAUCGUCGAAUUCUAUCCAUUACAAGCGUCCGAUUUGGAAACUCCUAUACCGUUUGGGAAUGUGACCUUCGAUAAGGCGACCGUUUUGAAAGGGGUCCAUUCGGAUGAUCUCUGCAGGCUGAAUCCGUGCCAUAUUGGAAAUUGUUCCAAUACUUGGAACGACUACAAGUGCAUAUGUCCGAUAGGUUUCAAAGGAAAAGACUGCACCGAACUCGAAUUCUGCGAACUAAAAGGCUGUCCAGCCAACUCGUACUGCAAAAACUUAGAAGACGGUUACGAAUGCAUCUCGAACAGCACUUUCAACGGCUUACAGCGACCUCUACAGUACAGUUUAACCUCGGAUGCGACGCUCGACAAUUUCUUGUUCGAUACGUUGGAAUUGCAGUACCGCACUAGAUCGUGGGGCACGAUAAUUUUCGCUAAAUACAAAGAAAGCUAUUUCGCCGUGUUUAUUUACCACAACGAAGUCGUGGUCGAGUGGAACUUCAACGGGAUGCCCGAAAUAAAGAGGUUCCGCAAGGAUCGGUUCGAGGGCCAGUGGAUUUCAUUGUUGUUCUUAUUUAAAAAUCAGAAAUUGAAAGGUGGAUUUAAGGAGCACGUAAUGGACGAAUCGGCCGAUUUCGAAGUGAAAGGUUUCGAUAUUUAUGCUUUUACGGACGUGUUCAAAUUGGGACAAGUAUACGUGGGUGGUAGCGAUAAUAAGACGUUUGAUUAUCAAACUGUUAUUGACAAUACCGAUUAUAAUAUGACUGGGUACAUUCCUGUAAGCGAUACAACUACAGCCGAGUCAUUGAUUAGUAAUUCUCUAGAAAGUGAAUUUUCUGAAGAUGUCUUGCUGUAUAAGGUGGACCAAGAUAAGAAGAGUGAUAAUUUUAAGGGUUGUUUGGGCGAACUGAGAAUCGGUGGCGUGCUAUUCCCUUACUUCCAAACAGCGGAAAUAUACCCGAACAAAACCAACCUCAAGAAACUCUUCGAACUGACCUCGGACUCGAACGUUGACCACGGCUGCAUCCUGUGCUACUCCGCCGACUGUCUGAACAAAGGAGUAUGCGUCAACAGUACGGAAACGUACAAAUGUCACUGUCAACCCGGCUACACAGGCGACGAUUGUUCGAUCGACAUAAACGAAUGCGAAAACAAUCAGUGCCAAAACAACGCCACGUGCGUCGAUCUGAUCAACGAAUACAAAUGCGAAUGUUUGUCCGGUUACGAGGGAGAUUAUUGCGAGACCGACAUCGACGAAUGUUUGAGCAAUCCUUGUCGACACGGUGGGACUUGUAACGAUUUGAUCGGGACGUUCAAAUGCGACUGCGCAGAGGGAUUCGUCGGUAGGCAGUGCGAAGCGCCGUUGUUGAUUACUUGCGAGAACCGGCCGUGUAGGGAGGGCGCCACUUGUAAGACGGGUCCGAAUGAGGUUACUGGACACAACUAUACUUGCUUCUGUACGGAAGGCAUGGAAGGCGAUCUGUGCGACACAGCGUUCUGUUCCAAAAAACAUUGCGAGCACGGUUUCUGUAACAUCAGCGGCGAGGUGCCGUUCUGCGACUGCCAACGAGGAUUCGAAGGAAAAUUCUGCGAGAUCGACGUCAACGAAUGCAUCCUACCGAACGGCGGCGGACCUUGUCAAAAUGACGGAAUCUGCAUGGACGAAAUCAACAGAUACACCUGCAAUUGCGAAGGAACAGGUUACACGGGACUCCUUUGCGAAAUCGACAUCAACGAAUGCGAAGACGGCCGCGAAAUGUGCGGCAGCGCGGGAAAAUGCGAAAAUAUGCCCGGUUCGUAUCGAUGCAUAUGCGAUUCGAUCAAAGGAAAGUGCGGGCACCAAUGCGAUUUAGACGAUCCUUGCGAAAAGGAACAUCCCUGCGUCCACGGGGUUUGUCAUUCCAAAUGUACUGAUAAACCGGAUUAUUCCUGCGAUUGCGAACUGAAUUUCACCGGGAAAAAUUGUACCGAUUUAAAGAUAGCAGCUAGCCGAGCCGACGGUGGCAUCAACAUCCUAUACAUAAUAAUUCCCAUACUCCUCGUCCUAGUUAUAGCUCUAGCUGUCGGUCUGGCAGUGCUGCUGAACGUCGCUCGAAGUAAACGAGCCACCAGGGGCACGUACAGCCCUAGCGCGCAGGAAUUCUCCAAUCCCAGGGUCGAAUUGGACCAUGUACUUAAACCGCCGCCCGAAGAACGACUCAUCUAA